AUGCAUCACUCAAAUUUUUACGGUUUUAUGGAAGAUGAUCCCCAAAUCACCCAAUCUCAUCAAGAAAUGUAUCACAUCAAUCAACCAAUCGAACACCCGACUCGUCUAGUAGCAGAUGCAGGACCAUCAAUACACACAACGAUGAUGAGACCACAGGAUCCACUCUUUCAAGACAAUCUCCACGAAUCCUCUUACUCUGGUAAUCAUCCGACAAUUGACAAUGCAGGAGACACCAAUCCAACUUCUCGAAUCAACAAAGGGAAUACAGACUUUACUCGUAGAAAGAACUGGUCAGAACGCAUUAUUGUUGAAAUGACUGGACUUAUCUAUGUUCUUUCACCCCUUGGAAAGAUCCUGUACUGUUCAGAAUCAACUACAGAUCUGACAGGUUACAGACCACACGAGAUGGUUGGCCAGUCACUUACAGACUUUCUACACGUGGACGACCUGGACGUAUUCUUUAGAGACUUUAACAUGGCGUUUGAGACAAGGUCACAGAUCAAAGCUUAUUAUCGGAUAAGAAAGAAAGACGAGACUUUUGGGAUUUUUGAACUUGUUGGCCAGCCUAAAUCAGAUGCUCCUGGGGAGGCACCUAAAUCGUUUUUUGGUAUUGCGCAACCGAUGCCAACCAAAAAUGGAAUGCUUGUGGAUUCCUUUCUUGAGCUAAAGAUGGAAAAUGAAUGGCUUCGGUGGAGAAUAGAUGAACUUCAAUCAGAGGACAGUAUCGGGGAACUUGACACAUUUGCACCUUUAACAGAAACAGAGGAUAUAAAUUCAGGCAAAAUGGAGCCGGGUUUGGAUGAAAAUAACAUUGGGACAUAUGUGCUAAAAGACGAGGUGGAGGAAUGGGAUAUAAAUGGGCAAGACAUGGAAGGGUCUCCAGAUGAAUACGCAAGAAUUCUUCACGCCAUAUCCAAGAGUGAUCCAAUUGAUACUUCAGAUAUGGGAUUAAACGAUAGAGCCAAACGACGUAAGAAACACAAGGGUUCAGAUGAGUUUGUGUGCGCUGAUUGUGGUACAACUACUUCACCUGAAUGGCGCAAGGGGCCGCAUGGACCAAAAACUCUUUGCAAUGCAUGUGGACUUCGGUGGGCAAAGAAGAAUAAGAAAAAGGAUUCCAAUGAAGACUGA